GAAAGGACCCAUUAAUUCAACGGGGACUGGCAGGCAUAGCGGUGGAUGUGCGGCGUAGUAAAUGCGAUCCCGAUGACAACGUCCUGCUUAUGAUAUCGCGGAGAAAAGAAAACAGGGAGAGGCGGUGCUGGAACUGCUAGCGCUUAUCUGGUGGAUUAUUUCUAAACAGAUAUCUGAGAUUUGUCGUCGGGAAUAUGUGCAUGCAGUAGCUUUUUUUGUUGUUGUAGUAUUUAUAUGUAAUUCUCAAAUCCACGGCGCAGAGCUGAAUGAGAUGAGCCUACUGGGUGGCUAUAAGAAAAAGACCUGCAGUUACGAUGGCUAUGAAUCUUUACAGUUGGUCGAUAGCAGCGGUAACUUCAAUAACGGGGGAGGGAGAGGCAGCGGAAUCGGCGGCGGCUCGGUAGCAGCAACCCUAGGAGGACCGAAGGCAGGCCCACUGUGCGAGGACGACUGCAGCACCAUGGACAGCUCAGGUCCUCCAUCUCCAGAUAUGGAUGCCAACUAUGGCGGAGGGCUGCUGGAUAUGGUGAAAGGCGGAGCCGGCAAGUUCUUCAGCAACUUCAAGGACAACCUGAAGGACACACUCAAAGACACCUCCACUAAAGUCAUGCACCAGGUGGCCACGUACACAAAAGGAGAGCUGGACAUUGCCUACAUCACAUCACGAAUCAUAGUGAUGUCAUAUCCUGCGGAGGCGUUGCAGAUCGGCAACCAGAACCAUGUGGAGGACAUCCGCUCUUUCCUGGACUCACGGCAUGCUGACCACUACACCGUCUUCAACUUGUCACAGCGCAACUAUCGCGGCGCCAAGUUCUCCAACCGGGUCUCGGAGUGUAACUGGCCGUCCCGCCAGGCUCCAAGCCUGCACAAUCUGUUUGCGGUGUGUAAGAACAUGCACAACUGGCUCAAACAGAACCCCAAGAAUGUGUGUGUCAUCACCUGCUCGGAUGGGCGUGCUCCCUCGGGUGUGCUGGUCUGUGCCAUGUUCUGCUUUUGCCACCUCUUCAGCAACCCAGUGCCCGCCAUGCAGCUACUUAGCGCCAAGAGACCUGGCUCAGGCCUCUGGCCCUCGCACCGGAGGUACAUAGGCUAUGUGUGCAGUAUGGUAUCAGAGAAGCCCUCCCUGCCCCACUCAAAGCCCCUGGUGGUCAAGGCGGUCACCAUGAGUCCAGUACCCUGCUUCAACAAACAACGCAUCGGCUGCAGACCUUUCUGUGAGGUCCUCAUAGGGGAGACUAAGAUCUUCUCUACAGCACAGGACUAUGAGAGGAUGCGAGAGCACAGGGUCCAGGAUGGGAAGGUGGUCUUCCCUCUAGGUGUGAAUGUCCAGGGUGAUGUGGUCAUCUCUGUCUAUCAUAUGAGGAACACCAUAGGAGGACGACUGCAGGCCAAGGUGUCCAACACCCAGAUACUCCAGAUCCAGUUCCACACAGGCUUCAUCGCUCCAGGGACAACCGUGUUAAAGUUUACAAAGCCGGAGCUGGAUGCGUGCGACUCUCCAGAGAAGUACCCCCAACUGUUCCAUGUGUUGGUGGACAUCGAGGUAGAGGGUACAGACAAGCAGAAGGACCUGACCCCUCCCUGGGAACAGUUCCCUAAUAAAGACCUGAUCCCCAACGUACUGUUCUCAUGUCACCAGGAGCACCAGGACGCCCUCGCCAUCGCAGAGCCGAGCCGGUCCCAUAGUGGUUCAGAUGGUCGCCCUCACGGGGAGGACAGUGAGCCGUCUGAUGAUGAGAUGCUGUCCCUGUCCAGCCAGCAGAGCAACGCUAGCGGAGAGCGACACGGAGGGGCCCAGGCUGGCCUCAGGGGCCCCAAGAGACCAGAGCAGCCUCAGGCCCCCGCCACUGCUCCUCCUCCCCCAGAAGAGAUGGACCUCCUGGGCCUGGAUGGGGCUGCUGUGAACCCCCCCUGCCCCACACCCCAGCCCCCAACCACCAACACCACCACGGACCUCCUGGGGGAUCUGUUUGGAGCCUCCCCCCAGCCCCUGCCUGGGAGUGGGCCCGCCUCGGCCCAGUCCACCCCCCAGAAAAUAGCCCCUCCCUCCACCUCCCCUUGCCCCUCCCCAGCGUUCGACCCAUUUGGGGCGGGUCCGAUGCCCAAGCCCCAGGAGCUGAUGGGUUCCUUCCGGGGUCCAGCAGGUAACCUUGGUAACCUGGGGCUGCCUGCCCCCCUCCUGCAUGCAGCUCGCUCUCCGUCCCCCACUAUGCAGAACACCCACAAGGGACGGAGCUCCCCAGUCCCGCCCACCACCCCUGUGGUCACCAUUCAGCAGCCUCCCAAUGCCACGGGAGGAUGGGACUGGAACAAGUCUGCAGCUCCAGGAGGGGGUUUCAGUAUGGGCAGUAAGUCAGCCAGUACCAGUCCUACCGGGUCAGUCCACAGCACCCCCACACACCAGGCCAAACCCAAGACCCUGGACCCCUUCGCUGAUAUUGGAAACCUGGGGGGCAGUCUGGGAGGAGGCUCUGGCUUCUCCAGUAAGCCUACCACCCCUACAGGCACCACCCCUGCCUUCCCACCCAUGGGCUCCCCCCUCACGGCCUCCUCCCUCACCCAGCACGGUGGGGGCUGGCAGGCUAACACAGGCUUCCCCUCCUGGCAGCCCGGCGGUGGAGGGCAGGCAGGGUGGCAGCCCCAACCCCAGGGUCAGGGUGGCCCACCCUCCCAGCCCAAACCCAGCCCCAGCCACUCCAUGCCGCACACCUCCCCCUCCAACAGACCCAACUACAACAUCAGUUUCUCUGCCAUGGGAGGAGGGGCUGCUCCCAAUGCAGCCGGGAAACCACAGCCCAACAUGGGUACCAAGCCCAAAGUUGCAACGGCUAACUUCGAUGACCUGCUGUCUGGCCAAGGCUUUGCUGGAGCCAAAAAGAAGGAAGGUCCCAGGACAAUAGCAGAGAUGAGGAAGGAGGAGAUGGCUAAAGAGAUGGACCCCGAGAAACUCAAGAUUCUGGAUUGGAUCGAGGGCAAGGAGCGUAACAUCCGGGCCUUGCUGUCCACCAUGCACACGGUGCUCUGGGAGGGGGAGACCCGCUGGAAGCCUGUAGGCAUGGCUGACCUGGUGACCCCAGAGCAGGUCAAGAAGGUUUACCGCAAAGCCGUGCUGGUGGUCCAUCCAGACAAGGCCACGGGACAGCCCUAUGAACAAUAUGCCAAGAUGAUUUUUAUGGAACUGAAUGAUGCCUGGUCAGAAUUUGACAGCCAAGGACAAAAAGCACUCUACUGAGCUGAUAGAAAAAGAGAGAGAGAAAGCGAGACAGAGUUCCUGCCCACCCACCCCUGACCCCUCCGUGAACAAUAAUCAAGCUCCCACCAGAUCUGUGACUCCCGCCUCCUUCUCUUCUCUUUACUGUCCCGUGGACUCCACAGAGACUUCAGUAGCCAGACUAACAGUGUAACCAUGUCAGAAAAAGAUCUGCCUACCCACCUGUCUUAUGUAUCUGGUGGCAGCACUGUCCAACAAGAACUGUUCAAUGCUGUCCUACGUGUCCUAGUCCUGAACCAAGCAACGCAGAGUCAUCCAGCUGUCUAUGGAGACACAUCACCAAAUAGUGAUACUGUCCACCUAAUACACCGGACACAGGCGAUAAUGACAUACCUGUAGUCACGGUGUGGUUAGUCACAGGUGCUGUGUAACAGCCAGGAUAUGACUGUAUGAACUAUAAUCGCCAAGGAAGAUGUUUAACAAUGUUUUACUGUCAAAUAACAACAAAAGAGACUCAGUGUUUAAAAAAAAAGCACAACUGGCUGGUUCUUGUGUUUACUUAUCCUUGGUCUUAGAAAGGUGCAGUACGUCUUUAGGCUAGUCUGGUGACUCGUUUGCAGCCUGUAGUCACUCUAAAGGUACUCAUUCGCAUCUUUACAUCCACUGUCUGGUGUCUACAGUCUCAUAGCAACCAGGAUGUAGAAUAUAUCAUCAAAUAAUUCCAUAUCACACUACUGUACUUAUCUGAGAACCAAACUGCUGCUGCUAAUGUUUCAUCAGGCUUAUCAACACCAUUAGUAGUGUAUUUACUUUUAAUGACGUUAACUUAUUUCCUUGUACUAUCAGAUGUUUGUGUCAUACUGUGAUGCUUAUUUCUAUUUUGAUCCCUUCCAAAGAAGAACUGGUGUUUUAUUUUGGAGAAUGUUUAGUGAAAUACGGUAGGGUCUUUUUCUAUCCCUCUGCUGUCUCUCUCGGAAGCCUUUGCUAUUUAAUCACGAGCUUAGUCACGUUUUUAUCAAAGGGCACAUGUCACUGAUGUCGUUUUGCAGAUGGGUGCUUCAAAAUACGGUAUCUGAUGUAUGACAAAUAACCCAUCAAGCAAUUUUAAGUUCAUGUGCAUCUGCUUUAGUAAGAGAGUCCCGGCCCCCCGUUUGUUUAAAGCAUAUGUUUUCUGCAUGCGCUGACUGGGACCACUAAUUGAAGGACUUGGACUUUAUCUUACUGCAUAUGAUCGCACAUCAUUUCAUAAUACAUGGUCAUGAUACUGGCGUUUUGGUUAGACGACUAUCCAGAUCCUAACAUGGAGCCAUCUAUCCCUCAUCUGCAUAUCAGCACUCUGAAAGGAUUUCAGGAAAGCAUACAACACCUGACAUGUACAAACCAUGUCUUAACAUACCGAAAGCUGCAUAUCGACGUUUCAGCCAGGCUUGUUCUCGCCAUCUGUGUGGACCAUUUAGCUAAACGAGAACAAGAGAGACACUGCACAUCUAUUUCAUCUGAUACAACCACUCACGUAUUAUUUCUCUGCUCGCAUACUGACAUUGUCAACCCUUUCCUGGGUUCCAUCCUUUGUAGAAAUGGCACCGCCUGGGUUGUGGACUAACGUGUGCACUGACUGACCACUGAGCAGUGUAGAACUAAAGAGUGUCUGUACGCUGUAGGCUCUGAUGCUUUCUCUGGUGACUAUACCAAUGGCAGGAGUUGUGGCUGUGUAGUAUGUAUGUACAGUAUGUAUGUACAGUAUGUACACUGAGGUUGUGUGUGUGUGUGUGUGUUUGUGAGAAAAGCCCUAUUAUGCUCCCUCGCUGAUUGAAAUCUCUGUCUACCUGCAAUCUUAAGGCAAUGUUAAAACGCUAACCUCUAUAUAUAGUGGAUGUGUGUUGUUGAAACCGCUGUACGUACAUGAGGAUGUGAUACGGUUUGGAUACAACUGCUGUACGUGUUUGCUUGUCUGCUGUAAAAGCAUUACUACUAAAAGUGUUCACUUCUGUUUCUGUGUUUCUCUUUGUGGGUUCUGUUUACCCUCACAGGAUGUACAUAAUGAUAAAGUGAUGAAGUGCAAUGCACAAAUAAAUAGAGAAGUUGAAAAUGGA